CUAUGGCACUAGAAUCGUGUUGUUCCCAGGCGAAAGCCGAACAACUUUACAUGCUGGAAUUUCUCGUUGACCGUUUGAAUCUGACGGUCGAGAAGAUUUCGGAAAUCGGCUCGAAACCUUUGACCGUGAGACUCGAAUUUCUUGAUUUUCCAGCGUUUGAUAUAAGCGAGGACGAAUUUUGGUCGUCAAAAAAACGAAAUGAGAAGCAAUCGACGUUGAGCAACGAAAGGAAGAGCGCUGAAGGCAAGCUGGAUUUCACUGCUGGAAAAUCGUGCCUUUUCCCAAAAAGACCCAAUGAAUUGGUCGAUGCAAUGCGCUCAAAGCCCUUGAAAAUUGGCAUUUACAAAGCAACGGCCCAGAAAAUCUGUUCCCGAGAAGAAGCGGAAGGUUCGAUAUGUAAAACCGAAAUUUCUUUGCCGGGCUGUUUGUGCGAUCAAGUGUCCAUGUCGAUGAACGAUUCUGCGCAUCUUCCGAAGCCCUACACAUUUCGCAACACGUGGAAUCUCACCGAUGAGGAGGGAAAACCAUCCGGAACAAUCUUGCUAUUUCUCAGACUAACUUGUCUCGGAAAAUCAAUCGUAACACAGUUUGCCGUUAAAAAUGAUUCUUUUCUGUUCAAGAGUAACGAAACUUCCAACGAAUUCCAAUGCACCAAAGUCCCGGAAGAAGGGAACGAGGCUACCGAGACGAACGACGAAAAUCGAGGAAAGUUUUGUUCACCGGAAGGAAAAUCAGAAGGGCUUUCGUCACCGAAACCCAGUAGCAUUAUUGGCCUCGCGUCAAUUUGUCAGGAGCUUGCGAAACGCGAUGGUGGUCCUGAGGAAGUAGUACCACCGCUGAAACUCUCUACUCAUCGAAUUAUCGAAGAAAAGUACCCUUUGACGAGGGAUUUUCCAUCGGAAGCUAGCUCCAAUGUGCAGAGUUGUGUCUGUCGACCAGUUAGCACUGUUUUAAGGGGAAUAACGUCAGACAGAGUUUGUUCGAAUCUGAGGAGCGUACAAAACGUGGAAACAAUUUACAACAAUAAUUCGAUUGUAAAAUCUUGUUACGCUCCAGUUUCUCAGAGAAACUCAUUGAAUUAUCUGUACAGAGGGAGAAUGCGAGGUGGUGGGCCCUGGAGCUCGAAUACGCCCGGAAAUGCCGCAAAUUGCAGUGAGGCGAAUAAGAGCCGGGACGAAGAAAAUUCUCGAUAUCCUCGACAAUCGGUAAACGAUUUAAUUUCCGGGUCUUGCAAGUCUCCGGUCAAGUCAGCAUCCUCCAAAAAAUCCGGUUGUGGUUGUUUCGGAAAAUUGGGAACGGGAGCAAUGGGUUCGUUAAAAACGACGACGAUGAGCAAAGAUUUUGGUUGUUCGAACGAACCUUGCCAAGGAAUCGAUUGUCUGAUAAAGGCUUUCAAAGAGACCGAAAACUUCGUCGAAUCGAUUGGCAAAGUGCCUGGUUUGGCUGGUUUGGGGUUGAUGGAUCCAAGAGAAAGUCCAUAUUUUGGUAGGCAAAAAAACGAAGCUUUAACGAGUUGUGGUCUCGAAAUGCCGACUUUGAAAUUGCCUCCAAAAUUGGCAUCUAGUUUGCCAAAAGGCCAUACCCAAUUACCUGGGAAAUUGGAAGACAAGCCCAUCGCUCUUUUGGCAGCAUCGGUUUCAAAUCGAGAUUACAAUCUCCAUGAAAUUGAGCCGACUUUGGUCUCGAAGAUGAAGAAAAAGCCUGACGAGAAACUGGAAAAACAACGAGAGCUUCAGGAGUCAGUGAAUCAACCGGACUCAGAACCAAGUCCUUGCGGUGACACGAGCUGCAAAUCCAAAAAGAAGAAACCACCGGUGGAGGAAAGUCCAGAGGAAAAACCGGAGGAAGAAGAAGUUCCUGAACCGGCCAGGAAGACUUCAAUAGCAAGAAAAUCUGUAAGUGCCCGGAAGAUAAAACAACGAGGGAAAAAAAAGUCAAUGAUGCUGCUUGGACCGGCGGGUGAUCGAGCCUAUAGCCGUCGAAAUUCAGCUAUAAGAGUGAGCAGAAGAGUUAUGAAGCUUAUGGACGAUUACCGAAAUUCGAGGUUUUGUUACGGUCAUAAAAAUUGUUUGGACGUCAGGAUGAGGGUGCCUGGGAACAUGGGAUGGCUGUGGAACACCGGCGAAGCACCGGGCCGAUUGAAAACUCUUCUUGGUUGGAAACCCGGUGCAAUACCGAAAUAUAUUUGGGACAAAAUGCAAGUCGCUAAAAAGUCGAUGAUGGCAGCAACCAGCUCGGCGAGCGAAGUUCGAUCCACAACUUCCACGAGUAAAGUUAAAAGAAGUCGAGCAUACAAAAGUAAAAGCAACCACUCAUUGGGCAGAGGCCAAUGGGCGAAAAGACGCAUGUACGAUCUCGACGAAGAUGAAAUUGAGCUACCGCCAACUCUUCAUAUACACAGAAAAAGUGGCACAUACUACGUCACCAUGUAUCCCGUUAAACUCACGGACGACAAGGAACUCGAUGAAACUUUGAAACCUCUUCAAUUUAAAAUCACGAAAAAUAAAGAAAAUGAAAAUGCGAUCACGAGCUCCGAUGGCUCCGACAUGGAAAUCGAAUUCUCACCACCUGCAGCUGUUACACGAUUCAAACAUAAAGAACCUGUCAAAAGUCGAUACACUCAAGUUACUCAACAGGAAAUACUCGACGCUGUGGAACUUUUAUUACCACCCAAAAGACGAUUCACCAAAACCAAGUCUAAUAAGAGUCGAAAAUUAAGUUAACGAAUCUAUUGUAAUAACACUUCACAGUACUUUUGUUCAUGUGAAAUUUAUUUUCAUUAUAGCUGUAAACGUGCUUUUUUAUUCAUUUUUAUUUUCACUAUUUUUCUGCCUGGUUAAACCCGUGAUUAGCGAUUGAUUAUUGAACGAUGGGGAAAAACCAAUUUCGAAAUAUAAAAAUCUGACGCUUCUAA